ACUGUAUCUUGUGGUACCUUUCUCCAAAGUCCAAUAGAUACUGGAGCUUGGUAUUUGUGCUUUGUCUUUGGUAGAGAAAUCAGAGAUCUCUAGCAAGUAGGAUAAACACAAAGUUUCUCUGCUGCUACAGAUGCUUGCCACAAGUUAUAUUUGCUUAUUUUCUGAUUGUGCCUGUAAGUUUGGUUCUAAAUCCCAGGAACUUGGAGAUGUGUGAUUCCUACCAGCAGGCUGGAUGCAGCCAUUUACUGUGUCCAGUUACAGAACAGAGUCUUGUACAAAUCCUGUAUGUGCAGAGCUGCUGAUUGCCCUGCAGCCUGAGCUGUUCCUUGCUUCUAAGUGGUUGGUACCACUUCUAAAAACCUUAUCAAUUAUAAAAACACUUAAGACACUACAAGGCUUGGAUUUAUCGCUGGAUAUUUUAGUGGAAACUGGCAUAGACAAAACAGUUAAAAGUUUUAGGGAUCAUGCCUCUGCUGGGAAUGUAGCUAAAAGUCUGUUAAAGCAAUGGAAAAAGCAUAUUUCUCCAGAAAGUAAAAGUGAUCACAGAGGAAGAAAAAAUAAUGGAAAAGAAAAACAUGAGAUGAAAUCUUAUGUUUCCAAGGAGAUUAAGCCUUUAGAGAAGCCUGAAACAUCUGUACUGGCCAUUAGAAGUUCCAGCAGUGCUCCCAUUGCUGCAAAGCUGAAUAAGGAGCAUAUUUGUAGUGAAAAGACCCAUCAAAGUACAAAUUCAGAGUCUCCAAAAGAAUGUGAUAAUAAAGUAUGUAGCAGCAGUGGUUCUAAGCAUGCUUCCCAGGGUACCAAUUCUCAGGCUAAAGAAAGUGAGUUCAAAGAGAGCACCUCCACAGAGAGCAAGAAAAUUUCAAAAAAGCAGCAUUCCUCUGCAGCCAAUGAAGGCUUAUUGUCCCUGAAAGAAAAGCCUAGUAAGGAUGCUUCCAAACAGAGAAAUCCUAAAUGUGUGAAGAAACCAAAACAAAAUCUUGUCACGAAAGACCAAGCCAAAUCAUCUAGUGAUGAGGAAUUUGAACCCCCUACUAUGUCUUUUGAAUCUUAUCUUACUUAUGAUGAGGUUACCAACAAAAGAAAGAGAAAAGCUUGUUCUACAGGUGCACGGCCAAAAAAGUGCAGGGAAGAGAAGGACAGCUCAUUACUACAAAAGACUUCAAAACUUUCUCAGGCAAAAGAGGGAGUUGAAGAUGUAAAAAAAUGUGAGCUUGAUGAACCAGAAACUCCGAGUAAAAAGACCAAAGUGGCAUCCCUCCAAGAGCUUCUUAAUACUCCACUACCUAAAACUCUGCCAGGCAUCUCAGAAUCAUCUCCCCCAUAUGCUGCAGAUUUUACAGCGUUCACAGUACCUGUUGUAGAAGCACCCCAGCAAGUCAAUGAGAUAGUUCAAUUCACAGGACAGAGACUGAACUCCAAAAUGCAGGUUUACUCUGGCUCCAAGGCAGUCUGCCUUUCGAAGAUGCUUACACUGUAUGAGCAGUGUGUCCGCAUGCUUCACAACAAUAUUGAGUUGCUACAAGAAGCAGGAGGUGUGCCCUUUGAAAUUCUUGAGCCUGUGCUAACACGUUGCACACCAGAGCAGUUGUUUCAAGUAGAGAAAUGUAAUCUGAUGUUUAUAAAAGAGACUGACCACUUGUGGAAGAAACAUUGCCAAAGAGACUUUAAAAAUGAGAACCUUCUGGAGUACAAGUCUUGGCGUGAAAUGUACUGGAGACUGUUUAAUCAGAGAGAAGAAAAACUGAAAAUCCUUACAAAAAAUAUUCUUUCAGCUCAGUCUGAGAAACCAAAAGGCAGGCAAGUAAAAAUGGCUUAUGUGACUGGUGCAGCAAAACCACCCAGGAACAUUUGCCGACAGCAAGAAAUCCAUGGGGCAGCAGGACCUGUCAUCCAGCUUCAUCCCACAGCAAAGUGCAAAACAGGGAUUCCAGAAAUGAGAGACAGAAAUAACACAUUAUCAAAUCAGAUAUGUGCUGGCAACAGUAGAAGUUCUAGCUCAGGUGUCAUGAUUCAAGAUGGAAAGAAGCCUACCAAAAAAAUAGCACCAAUUAUGAAGAAAACAUUGAAAGCACUGAGGAGUAGAAUUGGACAAUGAUAAAAUGAGGCUGUGCAUUUGAAGCUUGUUUGAUGUAUGAAGCCAAGAGUAGGACUGACAAGACAGAUGGAAGCUGCUGAACUGUUACAUUGCUUGUUAGGGAAGUGCAGAGCCCUUUAAGGCGGAGGCUGCAGCCAGGAUUUACCUCUUGAGAAAUGGCAGCAAUUCCCAAAGAAUCUUGGACAAGUUUCACAAUUGUGGCACCAAAAGGCCCAUUGGUGGCAGGAGGCUGAACUUGCUGCUUUCUGGUAAAAAGGCUCUUUUUUGUCCAAAGCAAAUGGUCACAGCAGCAAAACCACUGUGCAUUUUUUCAAGAUACAUACAGUGCAUCGUCUGCUAAGUGUAUUCUUAGAACCAGAUGAUCAUUUCAGCUGAAACUUUCUUAAAAUACCUGAAUCUGAGCCAGACAUGUAAGGCAGAAGACAUUGUCCUGACAGCUGGAGUCUGGGGAGGUUGCAAGCAAGUAGAAACUAGAUCUUACAGAAGGAAGUACUGGGCUAGCUUAUGAUGGAGAUUAUAAUCUCUUCCCAUUGCUUCUGCUGAUGACAGAAGGACAAAAGGUGACCUUCUGCUUCCUAGGGAGGUUUCCAGAUUAAAGAAAGGGCCUUUGUUUUUGGUGAGGGGGAUUUUGGCUGAGGAAAGUUAGCAGGGAAGCCAAGAUAGGAAACCUGCAGCAGCUUGGCAUUGUGUGUGAGGUAGAAGCUGCCCAUUUGGUGCUAAAUGUAUCUCCAGGAGCUAGAAAGGGCAAGAUGCUUUUGGUUUUUGCUUUAUUUAUAGCUGUUGUGUACUUUCAAGUUCCCUGUUUUCAGCUUGCAGCCCUGAGAUCAAUUAAAAAUACAGCAUAAAGCUUCCCAACUUCCAGAAAAUAAAUGAUGUGAUCUCAUGGAGGUCUUGUAGGAGAUUGAAAAGAAUCAAGGAAAAACUGCAUCAUGCAACUACAUCUGUAUUAGGCCCAACAUCUUUAUCCCAGCAGGGAUCAGAUUCCUGCUGAGAUUUUGCUUAAGGGCAGCUUGUCCUUCCUGCUGGGAAGAGACACAGGAUGAGCCACAAGAUGACCAUGGCUGUGUUGGGAAAGUCAGAGGAAAAGUGACAUAGAGGAAAGGGGGCCCUGGGUGGGCUCUGUUUCUUGGGGUAGCCCAUGUCACAGCAGCACUUCUACCUGGAGACAACCCAUCUGUACAGCUCCUAAACCUGAAAGCACUGAUGUAUCUCAACAGCCUAAACCAAGGAAGCCCAUGGUAAGGAGUGGGAGAUGAGAAGUCAAGUCCCUGCCACAAGCAAAGAGCCUGGCGCCAUGCACAGCAAAGUGGUAUGGACAGCUAGGCUGCAAAAUUACAGCCAAAAUUACAAGCUGCUGCUUGCCAACUGUGUGGCUGGAAGGAGCAUGCCAGAGCAGACUGGGUUUCCCUCUCACCCCUGUCUGGCCUCCUUGUCAGCCUACGCCUCUGCGGAGUGCCUGGACAAAGCGCUAAAAACUGGAAAUAGAAAUACAGAAUUAAAAACUUGAAUAAAAUGUCCAGACUCAGGAUCUGUGUUUCUGUGAUGGCUGGAAAACUAGUGGGCACUUCACAAUUAAAGCUGAGCAGUAUCCACAGUGGGUGCAGGUGCUUCCAUGCCAGGAUUUCCACAAUAGGCAAGACAAGAUGAUAUUGCACCUUUGGUGUCAGCUGGAAGAAGCCUAUUUCUUGAAGCACCAGGCCCUUUUCUGGUCCACAUAUUUUCAAGUCAUCUCAUUUCACAUUGGCAGUUAUCUCAGAUCUUCUCACAAUGAAAUGAAUUUCAAUAUUUUCUUCCAAUACAAAACAGUCUUAACUGAGCACAUGGUACCUUGGAAAACCUCUUCUCUCAUAAAAUGACCAAGGAUAGGUGGAGUAGUUCUGUGUUACAGGACCUACAGUGAUCAUCUAGCUGAGCUUCUGGACUGCUUGAAGUUCCUUGCAGUCAGGAGUCUGCUGAAGUUUCACACUCCAGCCCACUUUGCUUUCCAUUUACUCCUUCUGUUUGCCUGCAGAGCUUCAGAGGUGCGUGCAUGGACUUCCUAGUUCACCACUGUAUCUCUGUUUGCCAAGUGUUUACUUGACCUAAAUUCUUUUGAAAACCAUCUUUUGUGACAACUUAGCACAGGCUUUACAGAACUGGGUAGCUGAUUAAUAAGCACUGUGAAAUGGACUCAUAAGCUCUGACAUUUUAUCAACAGUACAAGCAGGGUUUUUUUUUUUUUUAAUACUGUAUAUCUUUUAAUGCUACUGAUUCCUUAAACUAUAUUUUUUCCAACUGUAAGAUUGAGCUGUUGUAUAUAUGUCCUGAAUUGUUAGUUCGCCUUUCAGUCCUCAGUGUAACAUCUCUCCAGAAAGGGAUUUAAUUCUGAAGAAAGUUGUGAUUCUUAUUGAGUAGCUACAUCAUACCAGGUAACUCACUGGAUUCAGAUGUCUGCUU